AUGAACGCGGGAGCAGGGCUGCUGUUGCCUUUCAAUAAUGGCUAUCGCCAAGAAGUGGCGCCAACCCAGCAUCUCCCGUUUCUGGACGAGGAGGACUUCCACACCAGCUUCUUCGCAAUUAAGAUCGAUGGCUUUCUUAUACAGGACAACCUGGUGCAGAUAUCUUGUCUAUCCGAGUAUGACCUUGGAGGAGAAGGAGAUUUAUUCAAAGCUCCAGAGCCCAUCUUAGAGGAACCAGUACUUGCGUUGGAUCCCGAUACAGCUGCCAUGUCCAUGAUAUCUAGCAAUGGAAAUCUCAUCAGUCCAGAAGCAAUUAAAGUCACACACAUGGAAUCAAUUCAAAAUGAGGGUUUACUGAGUGAGGUGUUCUAUGACUGCAAAAAGGACCUUCUAGCCAGGUCUGCUAUCAUAGAACCAUCCCCUGAGGCUUCAGAUGUUAAGAUUCCUGCACUUCAACCAGAGACGGUUCCAGGUGUAGAGGAAGAAAAUAAGUUAGUCAUGGAGGGGCCAGUACAGAAGAGGGAUAGCUUUCGAUGUCUAAGCUCAGCAGACUACAUAAAUGGUUGCAAUAUGAGACCAAGCUUUUUUGAAUUUGAAGGGAUGAAUCUUGGGGCUGCAUUUGGAAUAAGAAGAGCAUACAGUGAAGGAGAUAUUCAGACUCUUGGAAGUAGCAAACCGAUAUUUGGUAACGUGGACAUUGUUCGUUCUUUUCUUCAGCACUCAUCAACCAAUGUUGAUGUCAAGAUUGAGGACAAGAUUGAAGAACGGAGCCAAAAGCUUUCAAGAUACAGGAAGAAGAGGACCAAAAGAAAUUUUGGCAAAAAGAUCAAGUAUGCCUGCAGGAAGGCUUUAGCAGACAGCCAACCCCGCGUACGUGGAAGAUUUGCGAAGUCUGAGGAAGGUGAGAUUGCAAAACUUCACCAGCAAAAUGCAGAUAUUCGACUAGAAAAUAGGUUAAGAGUUAGUAAUUACCAGCCAUGCACCCCUCCUCCAUAGGGAGGUAGGCCUUUGAAAGGACCGAAAAGCUUUCUCUGAGUUUUGUUUAUAGAACAAAUCCCUUGUUCACUUGGUCUCCUGUUGUAAUAAUGGCCUUUCUUGACAUAAAGAUGCAGUGCUGUUAAAAGUUUGAAUAAAAUCAAUUUACAAUUCUCAUAUCGAGCUAUGGAUGAUGGUUUUGGGAUCCUGGUGCCUAUUAGGUUUACAACAACCACUCUGUUGGACGCAUGAAGUCAGAACAUAUGCUUACAUUUGAGCUAGUUUCUGCACAGAUCCUUUUGAGCAUAAGAGGAACCAAGUCAUCCAAGGACCCGGAACUAUAAAUUGUGGGAACCAAGUCAUCUAAGUUCCUGUUCAAAUGGAGCUGUAGCUGGAAUCUAUGUGCCAUUUUGCUAACAAACUCUUUAAAAACCAAAGAAGAAAAAUGAAGAAGACUAAGAUAUGCUUAUUAGCCAUAUCUGAGUCUUUUAUUUAUUAUCUGUAAUUUUUUUUUUAAGAACUUGUAUAUUAUUUUCAAAAAAGAUAUAAAAACAUAAAACAGAGGCAUUCCAUGUCAUUAAAGGAAAAAACGAAAAGGGAGAGUAAAAUGAUAAGUGAAUUUAAGGCUUCAUGCGCAUCCUGUUCCAGACGACAGUAUCUAUAAUAAAAUGUGGCACUUUUUUUUCUGCGUGAAUCAUGAUAACUUGCAUGAACGAACUCGCUUUCAGCGUGAGGGUAAGGAUACAACAACAGCUCGUCUUCGUAAAAGAGUUUCCAAAUUCACUUGGAAGAAGAUUGAAUCAUAAUCUAGACGUGCAGCGCCUGCCAACGCUGUGUCAUUCGGCAAAACAAUUUCAACCCCAAAAUUCAACUCAAUUAAAUUUACCAUGCAAGUCCUCGAAGCAUCAUAUAAUAAAAAAGCGGGCUUCUGAAGCUCUCAAGUGAACAUCUGUUCUUCUUUUUUUUUUUUUAACUUCAAUAGAGCAUGAUAACGAGCGACGCCUGGCUGAAUCUUCCAUUUGCUGGGCAUUAGUGCCGCAACAAAUGACCGUAAAAAGUGGUUAGUCUUAAUCUGAGUGCUACAAAAGCAACCUCUAUUUGCACAUGUUUUCUUCGUAAUAUGCUCCAAUCAUUUGGAUAGGUUCCCUAAAAACAAGAAAAAUAUUAGUCACUGACAGCAAAUUGUCAUAUGCUUAAGAAGAUCAGAUAGAUCAUGAGAACCAACCAUCAAAAUAUUGGUGCUAGAAAGGAAUUCUACACCCUCCUAACAACUAGCCACAAGAUACUGAUGUUAACAGUGCAUGACGACUAAUUGCUCUUAACUAUUGGGUAGUACAGAUAAUUAAUUAGGUGUAUUAAGGUGCGAGGAUGGUUUCACUUAAGUUUACAUUCCACCAACUUCUUUCAUUGAUCAGUGCAAUCAGAAGGACUUGCAGGAAGAAAAGGAGACGGGGAAGUAGGAACUUGCAGGAACCCAGGCAAAUCACACACUGCAGCUCUUGCAACGGAGAAGGGGAUGAGGAAGAAAAUGUUGGAGAAGUCUUCAAUACACACCUACCUGGAAUCAGAGGUUUGGUGCAGUCUGUGAAUAUUCAUUCAAAACCUACCCAUAAUCCCAGAAUCCAACUUGCAAAAACCUCCUAACCAAGUUCCAACAAUUUCCACGUCAAACACCACAAGGAAUGCAAUCACAUCAGGAAAUUAAUAAGGCACGAGAGGACCAGGAAAGUAAGAAACCAGCAGUUGUGAUGCAUGAAUAUCAAGCCGAUUUUUCUGGAGGUAGCACAUAUAGUUACUUUCCCCUUCUAAGAAGCAAUAGAAUAACUUCAAGCUUUUCGCACAAAAGAAAGCACGCAGAAUCUAGGAGACCAAAACAGAUAAUUAUUGCAUUUCAAUUGGCAGGGAAAUUAGAAUUCAGAAGAUCUCAACAUUUAGCAUUAUUUUUGGUUCAGCAGCAAAAAUUGCAGAAAGUUCCCUCAAAACAAAAAAA